AUGGCGACGGCCAUCCCGAGUAUCGCCGAUAACUUCCACUUGUCAAUCUUGUGGGCUGGGGGCAAGGUCUAUCCGUUCUUAUCUAUUAAAUAUGCCUUCUUGGUUGCCCCCUUUAUCUUCGCCCCCGGGUCGUUGAUUUCUGUGGUCCACCACUCCUUCCACACUCUCUACUAG